UAACGGUCUUUGUGUGGGGAUGGGAGGCGUGACUAGAGAUAAAGUUAUCAAAUCACAACGGAGAUUCGUCACAAAAUAUAAACGAAUUUUCAAAUAGCACUUCGUGGAGUUCAGCUCUCGAACGUUACGCGCUUUCUCUGCGAUUUGUCAAAAGUACAAUGGAAACGUAUGAAAGUGUAUUGCUUGUCAAGUCUGAAGUAUUUGUAUUUAAAAUACCGCCAAGGUCAACGAAUAGGGGUUAUCGAGCAGCCGAUUGGAAUCUUCAAGAGCCGUCAUGGACUGGCCGUAUGCGUCUUGUAUGUCAAGGAAAUUCAAUAAGUAUAAAGCUUGAGGAUAAAAUGACUGGUGAGUUAUUCGCGGAAUGUCCAAUUGAACAAUAUCCAGGACUUGCAGUGGAACCAGUCACAGAUUCUUCUCGCUAUUUUGUCUUGAGAAUUCAAAAUGAUAAUGGACGAUCGGCUUUCAUUGGUGUUGGAUUUUUGGAUAGAUCGGAUAGCUUUGAUUUAAAUGUUGCACUUCAAGAUCAUUUCAAAUGGGUGAAAAAUCAAGAACAGAUAGAAAAGGAAAAGGAUGAACCAAAACAGGAGUUAGAUCUUAGAUUUAAAGAAGGGGAAACAAUAAAAAUCAACAUGAAAAUUACUAAAAAAGAUGGCAGCGAAGUCUCUUCCAAAGCAAAGCAGCGUGCCGCUCCAGGUAUAGGCUUACCCCCUCCACCAGGCGGUGUAAAAAUUGCACCGCCACCCGCGAAAACUCCAACUUCGUCACCUGCACAUAAACCUGUUCAGAGUCAAAAUCAAACAAAUUCGGAGUGGGGAGAAUUUGCUAGCGCAUCGCAACAACCUCCAGCUCAACAACCACCGACAGUAGGGAAUGCCAGUUGGGUGCAAUUUUAACUUCUUACAAGUUGUAUUAAAAUUUAGUAUAGCUGUGCUGUAGAAUUGUAGGCUAUGCAUACAUAUAUUAAUUUGUAUGUGAUGUGUGCACAUGUAUCUUGACAUGUAUGCAUAUAGAUUUCUUUUAAGGGUAAUCAUUGACAAAGAUGUUUCUAUGUAUAUAGCGAAUUAACUACAAUAUUUUUAGAAUGUAACCUUUACUGUAUUAUAGCAAAGUAUUUACGAACUUCUAUAAAUUUUUGUUUUAACUCGGUUGCAAAAUCAGUUAUGUAGAUUUUAUUCAUAUACACAAAUCAACAAUCUGAUAUAUGUUUCCGUUUAAUCGAAAGAACAUACAAAAGUAAUUGAAAUCCUAAUAACAUGAACUUCUCACUUAAGAUGUAAAACACACUUGCCUGUUAAAACUGUUACUAGUUCGUGUUACAAGUUGAAGUAAGAAAUUUGCCACGUAUUUUUAAUUUAACGUUUCUUUUUUGUCAUUUGUAUUUAUUACCACUUAUAUUAAUAGCAAAAAAGAUGUACAUACAACUACAAUUCUCAUUUAAAUAAAUUAUACAAAGGAAUGAGUAUAAUACUCAUAUUUUUUAUAUAUGUAGAUAUGAGAUAAGUUUAGUGCCUUGUACAAAUUUGUCUUUAAAGGAUGAGGUAACCUGAAUUAUAAAAAGCAGGUGGUAAACGCACUAAAUAAAUAAAGAAUAAUACAAAUUUAUAAUCUUCAAAGGAUUUAGUUGGCAACAGUUUUAUUAAUAGCAUAGUUUUAAACAUAUAUGCAAUGAAAACGAUCACAGUAUUUUCUAUUACAUGGAUACAAUCUUUGUUAAAACCCUUAAAAGAGUAUAAAUUACAUGUGGUGUAUACAAUCUUAGUUAAUAUUUGUUUCCGGUGUUUGUACAUAAAACAAAAAACUAAGAGGCUAAUACUAAGAGGAGGCCUAAUUCUAUGGUUGUUUAAAAUUGUUAAAUUAGGUAUUGGUUUUGCACCGAUUAUUGCAUCGAUUUUGCAAGUUGAGAAACAAGAUUUUAUGUUGUC